UCAGGAUCAAAUGUUAAACCCUCCACAAUAAAAGAAGUGGGCGGGGUUAUUUUACGAGCGUACAUAUGUGGCGACCAAUCACAACCUCCCAACAGAGACGCACCUGAGUAGCUGCCAAAAGCGUGAGGCGGGCCGGCUGGAUAAAACCACGGCUCGCCCAUGUUUUUCAUCCAGCAUCAGUCUACAUGUAGCCGGACCUACAACUCCCCCCCCCUCCCCCCUCACCAUACCCAGAGAGCAGCCAUGCACCUGAGCGCGUACGACUCGUGCCAUUCCUUGGUCAUACUUUGCAUCCUCCUGAGGAGUUGCCAAGCCUUCAAGAACGACGCCACCGAGCUCCUGUUCCCGCACGUGAGCGCGCCGGUGCCGGAGGUUCAGAGCAAUGUGACCCUGAACCGCGCACGGACCGGCGGGAGAGGAGCGGCCAGCGCGGCGGCCGACAGAGGCGAGCGAAGCCAAAUCGGAUGCAGAGAGCUGAGGUCCACUAAGUACAUCUCUGAUGGCCACUGCACCAGCAUCAACCCCAUCAAGGAGCUGGUGUGCGCUGGCGAGUGUCUCCCAGCUCAGAUGCUUCAGAACUGGAUCGGCAGCGCCUACGGCAGGAAGCUGUGGGGUCGCCGGAGCGGCAACCAAGACUGGCGCUGCGUCAACGACAAGACCCGCACCCAGCGCAUCCAACUGCAGUGUCAGGACGGCAGCACGAGAACGUACAAAAUCACCGUGGUCACCUCCUGCAAGUGCAAGAGGUACUCGAGGCAGCACAACGAGUCGGGCAACAAGUUCGAGGAGCCGGCUCUGUCGCCGCCGCAGCACCUGCACAAGCACAAGUCCAAGAGCAAGAGGAGGCUGGGGAAGAACCGGCUGAGUGAGAACUGGCACGACACCGAACCCUGAGACUAACUCUGAAUCCACAUAAAACCUACAGGAGUUUGGUCUCUGUCGACAUCGAGACACAAACGUCCAGAGCUUGAGGAUUAUCUCUCAAUGUGACUGGGACUUGAUUUAUGUGAAGCUGGUUCCUCACUAUGAUGGCGAACUCCGAAGCGCAUGCUAGGGACUUGUCUUGACAUUUGAAUCCAUGAGGUUAAAAGAUAAUGUGAACAGAACUGGGGUGUACUAGUCUGCAGAGCCUUCUGGAGCCCCGAGCCAGCACACAUUCUCCCAGACGUAGCCAUGUGCAUGCUCCUAUGUAUUCAUAUUAUAUGCGGAUGGAGAUCUGUGGCACCAACACCAGUAAACACAAAACAUUUCCACAAUCCAGUGUACAUAUUGUACAUAUAUCUAAUUCUUACUUGCCUUUUUGAAGUAUGGCAUUACAAUUUUACUGUGUAAGAUUUAUGAUGUAAUAUAUUUUCUGUGGCAACAUAUAAUAUGAUGAGUUUUGCUUAAACGGUGUCAUCAGGUGGCUGGUAUCUGGAAAAGAUUUUUCUUCAUUAAUAGGUCUUGUAAUAGCUUUAUAUGAAAAAUAAAUAUCACUUUUUAAUCACGUGUUGUUGUCAAUGGAGACUUUAACAUGGAUGGCCCAUGCAGGGUGAUAUUUCAUCUACAGGAGGGUGGGUUACUGAUGAAAGUUGGAAGAAAGUGUCACAACUUUUGCAAAAUGGCUAUGAUCUUCACAGUAAAAGUCUGGAUAUAAAAAAGCAUUAGGUUCUUAAUUUUAAAAUAAAUCAUGAAUAUGUAUGUGUAGAAAAUGGCAUCUUAGUUUUUCUUACAGGUGGUAAUGUGAAUUUCACACAAAAUCAAAACAUCAUUUUGGUAAGAUUUCCUACUGCAGGAAUAGUUUUCUCAAAGGUUGAUGUACUAUUGAGUUCUCGUGAGACUUGCUAUUGCAAUCUGAUGUCUGCAGUGAGAUAGAACCUUAAAUCACGCGAGAAUUUAGAUUAGAUCUGUGGCAACCUGUAGCAGCUGCCGAAUCCUCUCCAAAGAUACGUCCACAGACAGUUUAUAAUCUUUGGUCAAGUAUUCACCUAUACAGCCAUGGUAUCUGUCGGUACCGGAAAUGAAAUAAUUUCACCUUUUAAAGCAAACUACAAACUAAACUUAAAAUAGAUAGGCCACAUCUGAGUGUAUAU